UUCGAUCACAGAGCUUCAUUUUAAUAGACUAGAUAUACACAUAUUUUGCCACGAAGUAGUGGCACAUCUAUAAGUUUAAUUUAUACUAAAGAAAAUAAUUUUGCUAUAUAUGUAUAAUCUAUUAUAUACAAAUGUUUUCCACUGGAAAAUAAAUAUUUCGAUGGAUUUAAUUUUUCUUUCCUAAGUUAUAAAAAAUCUUAUAUGUUGGCUGAAUAUUAUUAGGUAAAAAAGGCAAUAAAGAGGAAAAAGAAGAAGCAAAUUUUAAAGAAGUAACAAAUCAAAACAACCACAUAAGACUUAAUCUGAAUAUUGUGUAAUGAAUAAUGGAUCAACUAACAGCAAAACGAUUGCUCAGUGAAGGAGCAUUUUUUAUCUUAUUAGACGUUCCUGAAGGAACUGAGUUUGGCAUAGAUAUGAAAUCUUGGAAUACAGGCGAAAAAUUUCGAGGGGUAAAAAUGAUACCCCCAGGUAUACAUUAUAUAUUUUUCAGUUCAGUUUCGAAUACAGGAGAUGUAGCUCCAAGAAUUGGCUUUUUCAAAACAUUCAGGAAGUCGGAAGUUUUAGUUAAAAAGUGGGACAAAGUGAAUGAGUGUAUAAGUAAAGAAGAAGUAUUCGAAGACGAAGUAGUCAGAAUAAAAGAAAAUAUAUUACUUCUUGAUAAUUUUUUGGGUCCUUAUCCGUACGAUAUAUACGAAAAAUGGAAUGAUUUAACUUCGUGUAUUACAAAUAGCUUAGUGGAGGCAAUAUCACCAGUAUCUGGUUAUGUACAAUCAGCUUUAGAGCUAGAAUCUUGUAGUGAUGCAGAGCGACCUAGAGGGAAAAGGAAAUCAGAAAAUAAUAAAGAUUGUGAUCAGUCUUCUCCUAAAACAUCAAGACUUACAGAAAAUACAGAACAUACAUUUUUACCUAAUUUGAAAAUUAAAGAAGGUACAGAACUUCGUUUAACUGCAUUUCCUGCUAGAACUUACCCUGAAAAUUCAACACCUUCUGAAGUAACAAAACAUUCUCUAGAUCAUUCUUAUGUACUAGACCAAAUGAUAAGUAAAUACACCAUAUCUACAGAAAUCUUAGGAGAAAUGCAAAUAUGCUAUAUUUGUUUUCUAGUUGGACAUAGUUUAGAAGCUUUUGAACAGUGGAAAAAGCUUUUUAAUUUAUUCUGUUCCUGUGAAAUUGGUAUAAAAAAGCACAUAAAGUUGUACGAUAUAUUUAUUUCUAUUGCCGAGAUCCACAUACAGGAGAUUCCAGAAGAGUUCAUAGCAGAUAUAGUUACAAACAGUAACUUUGCUUAUGUAAAAUUGAAGCAGUUGUAUAGGGCUGUAAAAGAUGCCAAUGUUAAUGGACAAUUCAAAACCAAAAUGGGAAGAUUUAUACAUAAUUUAACCACUAAAUAUCAGUGGGAUUUUGAUCACUUGGAUUCAGAAAAUGAAGAUGAGGCUCCUGUUAUUGUGGAAAUUUAAUAAUAAUUUUUUGUAUACAUUAUACUUGUUUAAUCAAAUCUUCUAGUCUUAAAUUUUGUUGAACAUAGUUUAGAAGCUUUUAAACAAUGAAAAAAGCUUUUCAAUUGAUUCUGUUUUUAUGAAAUUGGUUCAUAGCAGGUAUAGGUGCAAACAGUAACUUUGCUUAUGUAAAAAGGAAACAAUUGUACAUGUUGUAAAAUAUGCCAAUGGUAAUUGGCAAUUAAAAACCAAAAUGGAAAUAUUUAUAUAUAAUUUAACUACUAAAUAUCAGUAAUAUUUUAAACAUUUGGAUUCAGAAGAUGAGGCCUCUGUUGUGGAAAUUUAAGAACAAUUUUUUGAAUAUAGCUAUAUAAUUGUAUUAACCAAAUAAAUGUGUUUAUUCAAAUCUUGUAGUGUUAAAUUUCAUUAUGAUGCUAGACAUUGUACUAAUGGUACUUAUUAGAUUCAGAUUUAAUGUCUGGACCUAACCAGCAUCAAUUUCUCAGGCUAUUUUCCUUUUCGAUUUUUAUUCUUUUCUACUUCCUUCCUUUCACUAAGUUUAUUGGAUGAUCAGAGUUUACCUUUCUUGUGAAUCAGUAAAAGCAAGUAAUACUAUGAAAAUAAAUACUGCUGUGAAAACAAUCAACAUGUAAAUCUGAGAUGCAUGCAGAUAUAUAUCAAUCUAUUUUAACAAACAGGACACUGGAACACUUUAUAUAUUUUCUCCACCAAUCAUCGGUGGCUCAUUUUUACCCGAAUUUUCACGACACAGCCCUACUUACUCUAUAGUUUAACAAAGUACAAUACACUCGAAAAUGAAGAGUGGACAAGAAAUUGUUGCAUAUAAAUACUCGAUUUAUUGUAACAAAUUGGUAAAAAUCAAAUUGUUAUGAUUUUGAUUUAUUACAGCUGUUAUUAUGCAUAGGCCUGGGGGCCCCUUAAGGACCAAAUAAUAGAAGAAAAAAUCAUUUAUGGGAUGAAUUUUUAUAAAAUAUAUAGAAUGUAAUGUAAUAAUGUAUAAAAAAAAAUUGUUUCGAUACAUAAAUUUCUUUUUCACGUGAAACUUAAUGAGGCACACAUUUAUUUGUUUCUUUCAAAAGAUUAUGUAAUCUUGUAUACCGAGAACCUUUUUUUUAAAAUAGGGCCCCACUUUAUGUUAGGUCUAGGACCUUCGGGUCUUGAAAGACGGCUCUGAUCAUAAUAGGUUCAACCGUCUAAAUAGAUCAAUAGCAGGGAUUUUCAGCAAUAAUGAUUUAAUGAAGAAAUAGGUUUAUGCUUAACGUAUUUAGGAAGAUGUUUUUAGGGAUAGGUUGAAUUAUUGCGAUAAAGACUGUCCAAUAGAAACCAUCACAUUUGUAAAAAAUAUCUGAAUUAGGUAUAAAAUAUUUAGUUUCUAAAUGUUUCCAUUAAACAUUCCUUCUAAUAAAAUGAAACUAACAUUAAAUAUAGAUUCCAGA